AUGAGCGGUGCUGCUCCAUACAACAAGAAGCAGGUUGACGACGCCUUGGCCUACGCUGCCAAGCUCGACGCUGUUGUGGAGGCCAAGUUGACCAACUACACCUUCUUGGUUGGCGAAAGAUUGACUCUUGCCGACUACUUUGCUGCCUGCUUGUACGUCAGAAGCUUUGAGAAGUUCUACGGCACCGAGUGGAGAAAGGCCCACCCAGCCAUCACCAGAUGGUUCAAGACCGUCACUGCUCAGCCAUUCUUGAAGAACGUCUUGGGCGACAUUGUGUUGGCCGAGAAGCCUUACGAGUACACUCCUCCAAAGAAGGAGAAGAAGGAAAAGGCUCCAGCUGCCAAGAAGGAGGCUGCUCCUAAGAAGGAGAAGGCUCCAGCUGCCGAAGCUGCUCCAGCCGAGGCCCCUAAGCCAAAGCACCCAUUGGAGUUGUUGGGCAAGCCAAAGCAGCCUCUUGACGAGUGGAAGAGAGUCUACUCCAACGAGGAGACCAGAGAGACCGCCAUUCCUUGGUUCUGGAAGAACAUGUACAACCCAGAGGAAUGGUCCUUGUGGAAGGUUGACUACAAGUACAACGACGAGUUGACUUUGACCUUCAUGUCCAACAACUUGGUUGGUGGUUUCUUCAACAGAUUGUCUGCUUCCACCAAAUACAUGUUCGGUACCUUGGUUGUCUACGGUGAAAACAACAACAACGGUAUCACUGGUUUCUUCUUGGUUAGAGGCCAAGACUACGCCCCAGCCUUUGACGUUGCUCCAGACUGGGAGUCUUACUCUUACACCAAGUUGGACGGUUCCAACGAGGAGACCCAGAAGUUCAUCAACAACAUGUUGGCCUGGGACGAGCCUGUUGAGGUUAACGGCGAGAAGAGAGAGAUUGCCGACGGUAAGGUUUUCAAGUAA